AUGCGUGUAGCUCCCCGCCCAUCCCACCCGAGGCGGAAAAGCGAAGUGAAUCCUCUGCGCUUCUGGUUUUGGAGGGUAGUGUUAAAAACCGACAACUUUAGCCUUGCUUCACUUUGCAAGGACCGUCGCACUUGCAGGACAGCUGGCCUCAAAGCAGGAGCGGCCAUGGAGCCAGGUGGCAACGUGUACGAAGAGCCGCGGGGGGGCGAGGUGCCUCCUGGCGGACGCGAGAUUGAUGACGUAAUGAAUGGACCUGUCCUGAAUGGGGCAGAUGUGCAGAGCACUUUCUUCCAACUCCUCAUGAUGCUUCUGUCUUCAGCUGGAGGACUUUGUGGGGGCUCAUGCUGAAUAUAACGAAGAGGAAGAAGAGCGAAAGUACUUCCGCCGCAAGCGUCUUGGGGUUGUCAAGAAUCUUCUGGCAGCCAGCGUGGCAGGAAUGCUGACCUAUGGGGUUUUUCUAGGCCUACUUCAGAUGCAGCUCAUCUUGCAUUAUGAUGAGACCUACCGGGAGGUGAAAUAUGGCAACCUGGGGCUGCAGAAUAUUGAUAGCAAAAUGCUGUUGGGCAUCAGUGUCACACCCAUUGCUGCACUUCUCUAUACUCCAAUAUUCAUCAGGUUUUUUGGCACUAAGUGGAUGCUGUUCUUGGCAGUGGGCAUCUACACACUUUUUGUCUCUACUAACUACUGGGAGCGCUACUAUACUUUGGUGCCAUCUGCAGUGGCAAUUGGGGCUGCCAUUGUACCUCUUUGGGCAUCUCUGGGCAACUACAUCCUCCGGAUGGCACAGAAAUACUAUGAAUAUGUGAACUACAAGCUGGAACAUGUCCAGGAGCAGAAACGGGCACCACGUGGGGCCUACAAUUCCUACAUCACUGCCUUCAAGGCGAUCUUCUAUGGCUUCUUCUAUCUGAGUUUUGUCUGUGCCCAGUUUCCCAUGUUUUUCUUUCUGAAGAACUAUCUCUUCGAGCUGAACCACACACUUUACUAUGUCAAGCACUGUGGGACUGCAAGUCAUGGGAUCCUCAUUGGGUUCAACACCACAGUUCUCCAGAAAUUGCCUCGCAGCAGUGAGCUCAUCAUAGUGGAGAGUGUGCUGAUGGGAGUAGCCUUCCUCUCCAUGCUUGUGGUGUUGAUUCUUUGUGGCUCUGCCUAUCGCCCCACUGAGGAGAUCGAUCUACGUAGCAUUGGAUGGGGCAACAUCUUCCAACUGCCUUUCAAACACAUGCGAGAUUACCGUCUGCGCCACCUCCUCCUCUUCUUCAUCUACAGUGGCUUUGAAGUGCUCUUCCUCUGCACUGGCUUUACUCUGGGCUAUGGUGUCUGCUCUAUCGGCCUGGAACACAUGGCUUAUAUCCUCACUGCUUAUGGAAUCUCAUCCGCUGUCUGCUCUACCCUGGUACUGACGAUGCUGAAGCUGCCCCGGCAAGUUCCCCUGCUUACUGGAGCUUCUGUCCAUGCCAUCAUCUUGAUUGCCCUCUUCUGUUGGGAGCCUCAAGCCAAGAAUUUAGCUGAAGCACCCAUAAUAUACCUGCUGGCUGCUUUCUGGGGCCUCGGCAGUGCCCUCAACAAGACAGGGCUCAGCACACUCCUGGGGAUGCUUUAUGAAGACAAAGAACGGCAGGACUUCAUCUUCACCAUCUACCAUUGGUGGCAGGCCUUGGCCAUGUUUGUUGUUUAUCACUGGUCGAAUCUGCCCAUGAAGGCUAAAUUAUCCAUCCUGCUUGUUACUUUGGUGGCUGCAGUGUUCUUCUACAUGUGGAUGGAACAUAAGAUAGCCCGAGGUGUUCGCUACCGUCUCCCUAAGAUUCCCAAGCCCCGGCACAAAGUGCGAGGUUACCGCUACCUGGAGGAGGACAACUCUGAUGCAACUGAUUCAGAGGAGGAGAAGGAAGAGGAGGAGCAGACUGACUCCUCAGAGGGGGAGGCAGAAGCCAAUGAACCCAAUAGCCCACCACCCUGUCCUCGGCGGAGGAGACAAUGUGCCUAUGAGGAGGCCUUAGGGGAGGAAGUUGGGGAUAAGAGGGGGUAGUUCCUGCUUUGCUUUCACUGUCCCACUUGCAAUAUAGGUCAAGGGCUAUGACUCUCAAGUGCCUUAGAUUUCAACUUCUCCCUAUAUCACUAAAAUUCUCUUCUUGUGGUUGGUCCUGUAAUGUUUUAACUUUGCCUUGGAAAGAUUGUGUGAAUUAUAUCCUUGGGUUGCUUUUCAAGUUUAGGAAAUCAUGGGUCCAUGUUUUAGCCUGGAGAAUAGGUCAUUUGACAGUCAAGAUUUUAGGACUUCCCCCUGCUUCAUUCUCACCCUCUAACGGUGGGAGAAGUACAUUCCCUUGAAACAGCCUUAAUGAUUUUGAAAGAUGGGUAUCAGGUACUUAAGAAAUAAGCCUUGAGAAGCAGAGAAAGAGGGAGGAGUAUACCAACUUCCUUAUAAUUUAGAUAAACAAAGAGAUAACUUAGAUAUUGCAAGGAUAUAUACAAAAAUAUAUUAAGGACUUCCGGGGACAGUAAUGGAGGACUGAAGAUGGCUCCGCUUUUGUGGAGCUGACAACCACAGCAAAAAGAGAAGCCGGUGAAUGGAUUGG